AUGUCACCGCCUCGUCGCAGGUCUAAGAGAUUGGCCGCCGGCGCCUCUGCAAAGACGCCCAAGAAAGCCCCGACACCGAGCCUUGAUACCGUCUCAGAAAGCAACGAGCCCAUCCACGAUGCCUCCGAGGCUAAGAAACAGUCGCGGCCCGCCAUCGUCAAAAUGCCCUCAACGCCCUCGUCUUCGUCGCCGAUCAAGCCUCCUAUGUCCGAGAUGCACCCCAGCAAGGCCCAAAAGACGAUGGCCCCUCCUUCCUCGGAUCUUCGCCUUGGAUUCACGGAUAUCAGGCCAAGCGAGAAGAAGGGCAACCAACUGCCUUCUGGUGUGACUCAGGUCACGCCCUCCAAGGCACCCCCGUCAUCCCCAUUUACAUUUACGUUUACGCGUCAAGGCACCGCUGCCGACCUAGGUUUGAGUACUCGCGCUCAAGAGAUGAUGAAUGAGUUGCGAGAUGAGGCAGCUAGGAUCAAGGCCGAGCUCGCUGCUCAACGCGAGCGAGAGCAAGAAGAGGAGACGCAGCGAAACGGUGGGCGAAGGAUUGCCAAGCCCAAGGGCAAGUCUGGCCGCUUUAGUGCGGCCCACAUGGCUGAGUUCAAGAAGAUGGAUUCCAUCGAGAACCACCCGUCCGCUUUCCGAGCUCUCCGCAACCAGUUGACUCCUGUUGCCGGCAUUAAGCGUUCUUCUUCGCGAGCCAACUUGGAUGAGCUCGCGUCUCCGAUUACUCUGAGGUCCGGAAUCAAGCGCUCUCAGUCUAAAGCGAGGCUUGAUGAGCCUGAGACCCCACGCCACCGCAAGACUCCUGCUGCCGGCUCACCCAUCAAGAGUCGUAUCCCCGUUGAUAGCAACCCCCCUACUCCCGCGAAGAGGUUCAAGCAGCGUCUCGAGGAUGACGCCUCCAGCAGCCGCCCGGUCUCUCGCGAUACUAGCUCAAUCCCUCGCCCCAAGUCCAGCGGUGUUGACGCUGUACCUGGUAGUCUGGUUCGAUCUCAGUCUACUAUGAACCUUGCCAGUUCUACCAAGUCAUCCCUGGCGCGAGCCGCAGCGAAGGGACCGACCGUUAGUCUCGUCAAGUCCCCAUCUAAGCCCGAACUUUCGAGUCCCAAGAAGCUAGCUACGGCGGGCAAUCCUACGGCUGGAGUAGCUACUCCUACUAGACGCAUUCUGAGCCCGGGCCGGUUCGAGAAGGUCAAGUCGAUCCUCAGAGGCCAGAAAGGCGACAAUGAAAAGAAGCCUGGCAGUGCGCUCCCACUUCCCGCCGGAGUCUCUAAAACGCCUCACCCUCCUCGCGUUGACAAGGCUCUUCCUCCGAUUCCCGUCUGUGCUACUACCCCAAGGCGGAAGCUAUCGAAGCGCCUGAACGCGACUCCUCUCCGCAAAGAGGCUAUCACAGCUCAGAAGAACUCACCCACGCCCAUGUCAUCCGGCAUCUUCAAGUUCAGGGCCAAAGCUAGCCAGUCGUCGCGAGCUGAAGAGCCCCAAUAUCCGAGCGUCGACUCUGUCAUGGCUGGCACCGGCAAUAAUACUGGUGACGUGGCUUAUCCGGAUCUCUCCGUUUUCAGUGGCAUGUCGCCUAGCAACAGGGAGGAAAAGAGUGGCAGCAUGCCCCCUCCCUCGGUUCCCGGAACGUUCACCUUCCGUAGCGACCAUACGAUCAGCUUCAAGAGCGUCUCACCCACCGGCUUCGGCGGUUCCGCCGGCCAAUCGAGCAUCCGCCACGUCCGAGCUUCCAUUCUUCCCAUCCCCGGAAGCUUCCCCAACAGCGUCAUGGAUGCCGGCAAGGCGAACGUUACCAGCGGCAGCAACAAGGAAAACAAGUCUCCCAUGAAAAUCCUCCCGGGCAUUUCUCACGGCAUGCGAAACAAGAAGCGCCACCGACCUUCGAGCGACGAGGAAGACGCCGAGCGCGAGGAGGCGGAGCGUGCUGCCAAGAAGAGGAAGAACGAGCACGUCCCCGAGGGCGACGUCUUGUUUGCCCCGAGGCUCGUGGGCAAAACUCCUACUAGCAUCAAGAAGGCCCAGGUCUCGAGGGUUGGUUCUCAGCCGCUGACGAGGGACAGCCCCGUCAAGAGGAAGCCCGGCAUUAGCCUGAGCCGCUUGAAGAUGCUCUCCCAGCCCAAGAGCAGGAACUAA